AUGUGCCCCAACAUCAUUCAAAAACGUAUAGUCGAUUCAAACGACGCGUUGGAUGAGCUGAGGACAGUCAUACCCUAUGCUCACUCACCCUCUGUCCGCAAACUGUCCAAAAUUGCAACACUUUUGUUGGCCAAGAACUACAUACUAAUGCAG